GUGACGUUGAAAGCUAACCUUAGCUAACAUUCGACAUCAGUCCCAAUCAAGUUAAUCUUAUCAUUAUAAUUACAGUUUUCGGGACAAUAAAACCUAAGUGGGAACAUAUGAAACCUCAGGUUGCUCACAGGAAAUGAAGAUAUACAGUAACGUCUUUCAUGAAAUAUGCCUGUAAAGUUUCCGCGAAGUGAUCUGAUGAGACUGCCACCUAGUGAUAUACCCAUGAAAAUGGGCUACUUUUGACCUGACGUGCAUGCGUCACUGAUUCGACCCAAAGCGGCAAAGGCUUAGUUUCGUUCUCAGAGUUGGGAAAUUUUCAAACCCCACCUGACCCCAUCAACCCAGCAAAAUGCUGCGCCGAAUUGAAAAUCGCCUUGAGGCUGUUCCAGGGACUGGUGUUUUGUUGGAUUCAUUGAUGGAUCCUAAGGAAACUUCAACAGGCUCAUGGACAUACAGCAACAAAGGUUUGAUUCAGAGUGGCUUGUCCAGAACAGAGAGGGCUGAAUGUCCAGGUAACAUUUUACCAAGUCCCCUGAAGAACAGCUCCUUGGACAACAGUCUUAAAAAGACUGGUCAUGUGGAUAGCAAGGAGCAGCUGCCCCCCUACAGGGAAUUGUCUCCACACUCUGGGUUACCAUUGCAGCUUGAAGAUCAGACACAAAUUGUAGGGACCAAUGCCACUCCUUUACUCUCUGAAGCUGGGCUAAGUCAAAUGGUGUUCCAGCGUGACACUCGUUAUGCACAGACUGUCAAGCCAGCUAGCACACUCUCUUCCAUGGUUAGUGAUACAUCAGUCCACUACCUCAAUGACCAGUUAUCUAUCAAUGUAGCGGGAGAUCCAGUACAUCACUUGGCCACCAAAGGUUCCAUCUCUUAUUCAUACAACCAAGACCAAGAAGAGCCCAGGGUGUUCAGCCAAGGUUUUCACCCGCAGAUGGAGACAUUGCAAAACUCCAGCCCGAGCUGCGCCAGCCAGAGACUGGAGAGCUUACGCAGGCAACAGACAGAUGAAAAGCUGGAAAAGCUGAAGGAACGAAUUCGCAGACAGCGUGAGCACCUUGACGAGGCUGCAGAGAAAAAGCAGUUACUUGGCAGCUUGGAGAAGCCUGUGGGCAGUGGUCAACUAUAUUUGCAGUCCAGCAAAACUGUACCUUCUGCUCAUGUCCGUAAGGUCAUAACAGCUCCUCCUGCUCCUGUUUACAAAGGAUUCAACACCAGUGAGAUUAAAAUUCAUAGUCCUGACUGCCAAGAGGAGGACUUGACAAGGCUGAGACGAGAGAUUUACAGAGACUUGACACGCCAGCUCACAGGAGAAGGUACCAGACCAAAGGUACGGUUUAGGGAGCGUUCAAAGGGCAAGAAGCCAGUCAAACCUGUCAGAAAAGUUCAUAGGUCAGGCUAUGUUCCUGACUCUGACUCCAGGCCAGCAUCAAUAAGUACAUCGACAUGGCGGGAAGGGCAGAAGCUUGUGAAGAUGAUGCUGGGUCCUUCUCCGCAGUCACAGUGCAAGUCCAGUCCUGAGUCUGGACAUGGGGUGAUCAGGACAGGUAGCUUGGAGCGAUCACCAUCAGAUAAUCUAAAUCAAGGCAAGCAAAUUGAAGAUGGAAAGACUGCUGCAGUCCAUCUCUCAACUGAUAUUCAAGACAUCUUGGAUGACCUUGAAUUAGACGCGCCUCCUAAGAAGCAUGUCGCAAGGUUGGCUAAAAAGCCUGUCAGCCCUAGAGUGAAAACAAAGGAUCACAGCUGCAUUGGGGUCAAUCACGCUGCUAGUCCUGUCAAUUCGUCUUCUAUGGAGGCCCUAAAACCUGACCAAGUCAGAAGAAAACGGCACUAUGAUUCUGCUGCAGUGCGACAGUAUAUAUCGCGGCAACAGGUGGAACGGCGGCGGCGUCAGACUGAGGAGCGCCGCAGUCAGCAGGAGGAAAUGGACAGAAGGAAUCAGAGGCUAGAGGAGCUCUACAGGAGACAAAAGGAAACCUUCAGUAAGCAAACAGCUGCUGCUGCCGCCUCCCAUUCUCCCAUUGCUGGGUCAACGCCCAGGUGUCUGCUGGAUACGUACACUAAAUUUCUACCAGAGCAAACCCAGUUUGAGACAGACGUCCUACUCUCGCCUUUCACCAACACCCAUCAGCAGACACCUUUGUACCAGCCCUCCAAUGAGUCGGAUAAGGAGAAUAAACAUCAAAAUCGACCUCAAAGUGCAUCUAGUGAUGACAUCUCUGUGUCCGAACAACAGCCUCCAGCACAAAGCAGGAAUGAGGUAGGCUUACCAGCAAAGUCAUCCUGGGUACAAGGUGAUGGUCAGGGCUCUCCAUCAAGAGGAAGUGUGUCUAUUCCACCUAAACAAACAUUUCCCCAGUGGCCGGGUGAAGAAUGGAAGAACUCUGCCCCUAGUCCCACCUGUUUGCAUGCUCCAGCCCUCCCUGGCUCUCUAACAACCAUGACUAGCAGAAUGAGCCGCCUAGAAGUCUUGAAGUCUACAGCUACUUCUCUCUCCAACCGAAUUGAGAGUGAGGCCCGGAAAUUGCUACUCACUUGCAAGGGCAGCCAAAUGUGUGUGUCAGAGUUGAGUGUGGACUUGCCAAAUCACUGGGCUAGAAUGGCCAGCUCCAAUAUUGACGUUGUACCAAAGCCAGAACACUCUGAGGAGAAGCUGCAUUGCACAGGCCUGACCACCUAUGAUGGAACUCUUCCUGGAGUGGGAAAUUUGUACACCCUCAGAGAACCACAAGAAAGAACGGUAGACAUUGCAAACGAUCGAAUACCCUCUUGCAUUGCUGACUCUAACUCCAAGCUAAAGGACGGCAACCUAGGUCUGGCUGAAGAAGAGCGAAUCAUGUUCCACCAUGACCGUUAUAGCCCCAAUGCAAGUUCCAUCAAUGAUGGCAACCUGUCUGAAAGGAAAGCCAGUUCCCAGCAACCAUCCAUGCAUGUUACAGUCCUAGACAUCGAUUGCAUUGAGCAGGAAAGCUCUCCUUUGCACCAGAUCUCUGUCUUCGGUGGUGGGAGGGACAAAUGCAAGCUGUUUACCAGUGCAAUGCCUCAAGAUGCCAGUACAGCUGCUUGGAAAGAGCUGACAAAGGGUAGUCCACACAGUGUCAUUAACAUCUUCACCAAGAAUCUGCACAGCAGCAGUAGCAAAGUAAUGUCUGACAGGAGAAGUGGGAGAUCUAGUCCUGUCUCCUCCACUGGUCAUUCAGAACGCCAUCAUGAGAAUAACAUCUCCUCGCAAGGUAGUAACUCCAACAGUAAACCAGUCAUCAGGAAUUCAAACAGGCAUAGUGUCAGCAGUGUAGUAAGCAAGCAAGGAAAUAGUCCGCAAGAUGACUUGAAACUUGAGAAGUCAGACACACAGUCCUUCUCCCCAAUGGAAUCCCAUGCAUCAUCAUUCAGCUCUGGGUCUAGUUCCCUAGACAUGGAGGCCAGUGUUGAUGUCACUCUGGUGGGAGAUGACUGGUCUGCAGUCGUAGAGCCUGGACGUUUGGGUUCCAUGAAAGAGGGCUCUAAGGGGAACUCUGCUCACAGUUCUCUUAAAGGCUUGGACACUGACAGUACAACAGGGGCUGCUUCAGUUUACUCAUUGCAUAGCCUAUUUGUGCACAGCAAGACAAGCCAAAGAAGGACAACUGUAUGUCCCUCAGCUGACUCUGAUCCAACCAGCUCUAAGGGCAGUGUUGAUAAGGGAGGGAUUGUGGAAUCACCUUCUCCUAACUGGGCUCUUCACAACACUUCUGCCAUCUCUUCAUCUCUUCAUAAGGGAAAUGACAGUCCUGCCCCCAACAGUCGUGUUGCCGAACCAUUAGUAACUGCAGGUGGGCUGCAGUGUGCCCCAGGUGCCUUACAACAGCGAAUGGCAGCAGAACUCAUGUACUUGGACUCUAUUGAGGAGUCCAUGCGACAGCUAAGUGAUGUGGAACGUAUACGUGGGGUUUCCCUGGCACAACAGGAGGCCUUGUCCCUAGCUCAUGUCCUCAAGUCCCAGCAACAAGCUCAUGAACAGGACUUGCACCAACUCAAUGUGAAAGCUGAGCAAGAUUUUGGAUCGCAGAUAAAGGUGGAAAGUGCACAGCAGAGAGAAACACAGAUUGCCAGCACGUUGAGUAUUCAGUCACCUGCCAUCACAUCCCACCGUGACGAGCCUCAGUACUCUUUUCUAAUGCAGAUCCCAACAUCCUCCAGAACUGUCAGUGGCAGUGGCACUCAUAUGAGCGCUUCCUUGUUAUCAUUUGAGCAAACAAGCAGCGUUUUGGAGGAGGCCCAGGACAAUGCCACUCCCAGCGACAGCAUUACCUCCCCUCAUGAUGACAAAGACAGCAUGUCAGUGGCGACAGAGUACUCUCUGAAGUUUGAUGAGUCUAUGACUGAAGAUGAGAUAGAGGAGCGGUCGUUCCGAUCGCUGCUGCCUUCAGAGUCUCAUCGCCGAGGUACACUGGAGAAGAAGCAGAGCCGGCAUGAAGAGUCGGAAGAGGAGCCCGCACAGGACCUGGCUAUCUCUCUGGAUUCUUCCAAGGCGUUUCAGCAAGACAACAGUAUACCUUUCUCCAGUGGACAGAACAACUUCUCACGGUUUACCAUGGAGAUGGUGCGGCAGUACAUGAAAGAGGAGGAAGUGCGUGCACAGCAUCAGAGUUCUUUGCUGCAGCUUCGCCAGCGAGCACUGAAGGAGAAGACCAGAGCAGAGCUUGCAUGGCUGGAACACCUAAAAAAGCGUCUCAGGGAUAAAGGAGAAGAUGACAAGAUGCCACCAAUUAGGAAGAAGCAAAGAGUAUUGUUACUGAAGCUGCAGCAGGAACAGGCAGAAAUCAAGAGACUUCAGGAGGCCAAUAAAGCUGCACGUAAGGAGAGGCAGUUACUGUUGAAACAACAGGAAGAAAUUGAGCGUAUGCACUCCACCACCCUCAGACUACGAGAGCGGUUAAAAAGUGCUUGCCACGUGGAGCCCACCAGCUUUGAAACAAUGGAGGAACCGGUCCUUUCCAAUAUGAGCAUAACUGAUGCUAACUCACGUAGCGCAUCUCCCGUUUCUAUGUCGGGUAGUGAAACUAGCAGCAUUAUGCAGAGGCUGAAGAAGAUGCACAGCCACAUGGAUGAAAAGUUCUUGACAAAGAGAGAGCAGCAACUCAUGCAGCGUCGGAGCUAUGCAGAGGAGCUCUUGCAGUGGAAGCAGCGUCUUGAUUCUGAAGAGAGAGAGAUUCGUAGGAUGGAAAGGCAGGCUUUGGCUGCCUGGGACCAGGAUAUGCCUGAAGAGCUCCCCCACCGAAAAGAUGCUGUAGAGCAGAAUGCAUCAACAGUGCUUUCAACGUACAGUGGAUCCUCAAACCUUCCCUCAGCUGAGAAGCUAACAGAGCAUUCUGAUUCGACCCAAAGUCAGGUCAGCAGCCAACAUGCAGGUGCUUCCUUUUCCCAGGAGUCUGAUUCAUCAUUAAGAGACCUGUCUCCUUCAGGAAAAACGAUUUUAAGCCCAUCACACCACCUGGAAAGCAGCAAUGGAGGCAAUAUCAGUACCAGUUCUGGUAGCAUGAGGCAGAUCUGUUCUAGUGACCAGAUCUCAUCUGUGAAAAAGUCGGCAUCAGAUCAGAGCAGUAUUGAGGGCCGCAUUUCUGCUCUCAAGGAAGAACUGCGUAAGCGCAAAACCGUUGUGCACCAGUUGAAAAAAGAACAGAAGAAACGCCAAAAAGAGCGACUGAAGGCUCAGGAGGCUAAUCUCCUGAAACAGCUGGAGUCAUAUAAUGACUUAAUUAAGAAGACCAAAUCAGAGUUGAAUAAAGACCAGGGAAUCACAUUGACCGUUAAACCAGAAAUCAAGAAGCUUACUGCAGAAAAAACAAGAAUCAAAUCAUCUCCACAUCAAAGGCCAGAAACAACCAACAAUUAUGAAGAUGAUACAAAGUCUGUGGAAAGUGACCAGACUAUCUCAGCAAAUAGAGAGAUUAUAACCUCAUAUGGAAGCACCAAGUCAGGCUUGAUCCACGAAGAGAGUUUGUCUGAUGAAGAUCCUCCCACUGUAACUCCAACACCAGUUUUGGGUAGUCCAGACCUCUCUAACAGUCCAAAGAAUGUGGUGUCAUCUGAGUCCAAGCCUAGGCAUAUAUCACAGGCAUUGUCCACAGUACAAUCUGUCAGUGAAAACAUUGUAUCUCUGAAGUCUGAGAAAUCCAGAAGUGAGCAUGCUCACCUCUCCGAUGUCUCCCUUAAUCUGGAACUUGAGCCUGAGAUCCAAAAGAUGCACUCACUGAGUAGCAAAGACCUGGCUGAAGAGUCCCGCAGUGUAAAUGGCCAGAAUAGUGCUUCUAAACUAAGGGCUGAUGAUGGAUCUUACAAUGGUACUGAUGAUGUCAAAACCACACCCUCCCUUCCAAAUCAAAUGUCUCCAGUGGAACAUAAAACCUCAGCUGAUGGUUACAAUGAUGAUUUUGAGUCCUUGGCAGAGUCCUCCCUAAUGGCUUCGGGCAAACAUUCUACACCCUCCACCCCAGAAGAGCAAAGAAAAUCAUUCCAGAAGUCUGUAACAAUUAGUGAGGAUGAAAUUGGUGAAGAGAUUUCCUCAAAAUCAAAAUCGAUUAGUGAUCUCCGCUCUGAACACCUUCUUGAGCUCAAGAGCCAAACUGCAAAAUCUACACAUCAGGAUGGAGGAGAGGACUUAAUCUCUGGAAUAUCCACAGAAUCGUCCUCUUCUAAUUCACAGGUUUUGUCAGCAGUGAACAGAAUGGAUGGUUUCAGUAUUGGUGAAAGAGUCCUUGUAAGGAAUCUUCAGUUAGGUACUUUAAGGUUCAAAGGCCAAACUAGGUUUGCCAAGGGGAUCUGGGCUGGAGUGGAGCUCGAUGCAUCAGAAGGGAGUAAUAAUGGAACCUGUGAUAGUGUGGUAUACUUUGAAUGCAAACCAGGCCAUGGUGUCUUUGUUUCCCCUAAUCAUAUUUCUCGCCUACAAGAAGAUCGUAAUGUUGAUGUUGACACCACAGAUGAUGAGGAUUCUUUUGUUGAUGACACAUCACACAAAGAGCCUUUGAAGGACCAAUCGCAACAACAAAGCCAUGUAGAUAAAGACAGACAAAAAUCUGAUGAGAUGUUUUACACUGGAGACAAAGGUCACUUUGAUCAAACCGAUAGAUCUUGUGAAUUGCAAAACAAGCUAACCACAUUAGGGAAAGAUUCUGUGGCACCAGUUUUGAAUUUGGAACUGACUAACUCUAACCUCAUUUCAGAUUACUCCAAAGAUGAAAAGUGUUCAUUAAUUAAUGGAGAAAGCAUAGAAAACAGAUAUUCUCCCCUGCCUACAUUAGAGAAGUCAAACUUGAAAGUGCAGGGUCAAGAUGUGGAACUUUUGACUUUCCCUGACUCAAUUGGCAAUGAAAAGGGCCUUGAUACCAAGAUUUCUACCGAUGAGAAAAGCGAUGAACAGUGUGAGGUUUCAAACAACUAUGAGAAAGCAAGCUUCAACACAUUUGCAGAUCAGCUCUUCAAAAACUUUGUGACCGAUGCUGUGAAACAGUACAAACAGAUACAAAAAGUUAAAUUUAAGAAGAUAGAAGAUGCCAAUCUGAAGAAGGAUGACUAUGGCGGUUCUACAAAGACAGGCUUACCUUCAACCAACAUUAAGAUGGAUGAAUUCUCAAUGUUCCAUGAAGAGGAAGAGGAUAUAACUUCACCAGAACUUUAUAACAAACAGGAGAGUCCUGUGUUGGAUGCGUCCGGUCAACAGGAGUUGGCUAAGCGUUUGGCUGAGCUGGAACUUAGCCGAGAGCUGUUGGAUGUUUUAGGAGAUGAACCAGGAGAUGACUGGUUUGAAGAGGACUUUGGUCUCAGUUCUCGGAAAGAGCAAAGACAGAAACAUCGCCACAUAUGGCAGGAGGGAGGUAUUUCAAGUACAUUUGGCUCAGGUCCGAUACAACAGGUGAUGACUCCUCCCAGACCAGAGCUACCUCUUCAAGCCAGAACAAUACCUGAGAAACCUGCCAUGAUUGUGCCUCAUGGUAUACCAGAAAUGGAAAAACUUGUGUAUGCUGCAACUCAGGAAAUCUGGGACAAGUGCAGGUUGGGAAAUGGUACAUCACUGGCUGGAUUUCCUAGACCUCAGGCCUCAGUCGAUUUCUUAGGAGAGGAUAACACAAGUGAAGACCAGGCCACUUACUGCAAGCAAAGCUACAAACAGGCUGUUUUUGAUUUAUCGUGGGAGGUUAUUAAGGAUGUAUUUGCAAAGGAUCAUAAAGCAGAUCAGCCUCAAUGGAUGAAGCCUCAGCGCAUCAAGUCUUCAUAUUUUCAUGGAAUUAAAUGUAUGAAGGACAUGCAAACAGUUCAGGCAUUUCUUACAGAAGAGGUGUUAAAGUUGUACGGUUUGAAAAGAGAGCACAACCAGAAGACCGACUGGCAGAAAAUGCUUAAGUUUGGCAGGAAAAAGCGUGACCGAGUCGACCAUAUACUGGUUCAGGAAUUGCAUGAUGAGGAGUCUCAGUGGGUAAACUAUGAUGAAGAUGAACUGUAUGUAAAGAUGCAGCUGGCUGAUGGCAUUUUUGAUGCUUUGUUAAAGGACACAGAGGAUGUGUUGACCCAAAUCCAGGAGAGGAGAUCAAAUAGAGUUAUUUCCUCCUGAAAUCUUUAGAUCCAGACUUAAAAGAACUUAAUUAAUCGAGACACUUUAUUCUCGAAAAAAUACAUUAAGUCAAACAUUAAAUAUUCUAGGUCUGUUUUUUUUUUGGGGGGGGGGGGGG